AUGGAGCUAUCAACACUGGUAUUCCUCAUUCUUGUGCUGACUGCUGUCAGUGACUUGCGGGCUGUUCGCAAGCGUGGGACCUUGUCUGACCGGGUGAGAGAGAUGGAAAUGGAUAUCAACGCUUGGAAAGCCGGGCAUGUUCUCGAGGAGGUUCAAAGUUUGAAAACAAAAGUACAAAACACAAAGAUAGAAAUCAAGGCACUGGCACAAAGGUUGAGAAGUGUUGAACAGGAAAGAGAUACAUAUAGGAAAAGUCUCGGAAAACUACGUGGAAGGUUGACCGAAGACAUCCGUGUAUUACAGCUGCAAGUGAACCAGACAGUAGCUGACCUGCGUGAUGCCAGAACCACCACGUAUCCUGGAACUACAGCAGCCUCGACUGGCCUGACCCAGCACAACACGGUUCCACCACCGCCAGUGACGACACAAGACUCUGAUCUACAGGCGACUCCAUCACCAGCAGCAGGCCGCCGCCUCUACUCCGCCAGCGAGGACGGUGACCUGGAGACAGUGAAGCGGAUCCUGGCAGCGGGUCAGGUGGACAUCAACACGAGAGGAGGAUACUGGAGCAAGACACCGGUGAUGGCGGCAGCACUUGGGGGACACAGAGAUGUGGUGGAGUUCCUGGUGGGUAGAGGGGGCUGAUGUGUCGCUGGUGGACAGUAACGAUGACAACGUCCUUCACUACGCCUGUCAUGGUGGAGACCUGGAGAUCGUGAAGCUGAUCGUGUCCAGGAACCUGGUGGACGUCAACGCCAGGGACAACGGUGGGAACACAGCGGUCUACUGGGCGAGACUCCAGGGACAUCAGCGAGUGGUGGAGUUCCUGGUGUCACGAGGUGGACACUGAAGUCGGUGUCGGUGUGGACAGUGACGGUGCACAUGUGGUUACUGACACUGACACGGUGUGUGCCGUCCAUGUUGUCGUGUGUCACGAUUCACGUGAUUUCCUUUUUUCUUCCUGAAUAUAAAUAAAACUUGUUGAGUGUA